AAGUUCAAUAACUAAGUGCAAUCAAUAUUUUCUAAGACAAGGUCAACAAAGGUGCAAUCUGGUUAAGUGGUAGUUGCCUUACCCAGUGAUUGGCCCUGUUAUAACACACAUAAACGCUGGAUAUAAACAUAUGAUCACCAAGCCAGCCAAUUUAAACAUUGGACUAGCAGCAUAGCACACUUAAACCAAUAUAAGGCCAAUAUUAGGAAGUAAACAUGGGCACUGAAGGCCAGACAAUUAGUAAUGACUUGCUUGGUAAUACCAGCUCAUUAUUGGACCUAUCAACCAAUGAGCCUACUGAAUUGCCCCACAAUAUCACCAAUGAAUCUCUAGAAACAUCUAUUAGUAGUGAAACAAACCUAAAAACAGUUGUUCCAGCGCAUGGUGAUACUGUUACCAUUUCCUCACUUGAGGGGCCCUGCGACAGCCCCAUCCGUACAACCCCCGCAACCACAGGUAAAAGCCUGAAGAAACGUUGUUCAGACCGCUUACUCAAACGAACAAAAUCCCUAGUAUCAGGCCUCAAAUCUACUCCUGGUCGCACGAUCCCAAAACGUCGUGGGCGUCCAAAGAAGACUGAAGACGAUUCAUUAGUACCACUUAGUGAGACAACAGUUCGGUCAAUGCUUACCUCAUACAAAGAAACACUUAAUCUUUGCCGAGACUCCAUAGAGGAACUGAAAUGUAUGGUCGUAACUAUCCAGAACAAUAAUGCGGAUCUUGUUAAGCGACUUGAAGCUAAAACUGCUGACUGUACUGAUCUCACAAAGGAGAAUGCUUAUUUACGCUCCCUCAAAACCCAAAUCACAUCCCAGCCCACUACCCCUGAGAAGUCACUCCUGAUUGGUUCAUCCAUUAUACGUGACAUUGAUGAAGAUAGACUUAAUAACACUGACAUUAAAAGUGUCAGUGGUGCAGACAUCGACACAAUACACAAAGCCAUUGCAACAAUGCCCACCACAUCAAAAUUCAAAUCUAUUACUCUCCAGGUAGGGAGCAUUGACUGUAGUAAACGUGACAAUGUCCAAGCAAUUCAAGAUGACUAUCGCCUUCUCGUAAAAGGAGCCAAACAGAGAUGUGACCAUGUCAUUGUCUCAAGCAUCACCCCCAGAGCUGACAACACCGAUGCCCAAGCUAGGAUUGACCUUGUCAACUCAGCCCUGAUGAGUAUAUGCCUAGAUGAGGAUUGCGAGUUUAUAAACAAUGACAUUGACUUUAAGCUCAGAGACGGCACAAUUAAUGAAGGCUACCUGCUACAAGACAAAUUGCACCUCUCAGAUGCUGGCACCAAUCGCCUUGGUGUUAAUUUGAAAUUGGAUGCAAAGUUCAACACGGUAGCCAAGCCCAGACAGAAACGCAACCGACGUAACAGGCAACGCCAACACAAUCCUCCAAACGCAAAUACCAGAAAUGACUAUGCCAAUGUGACCUCCCAAAAGGACACUAUGCCUCAUGUAACCAUUUUGCCAGCACAACAGUCUAAUGCCAACUGUGCCCCCUCAAACAUUAACAUUAAUAAUGAAUGCUUGAACAAUAUACAGCAUAACGACCAACGGCAGGCCAAUAGUGGUCCUAUACAAAGUAACACUUGUACCAAUACUGUCCGUCCCCUCAUGAGUCAAUAUAGUCAACCACCUAAUCAAUGUAACGUCAAUCAGUCCUCCAACUCUGUUAAGCCUUCUGCAAGACAGCAUCUUUCAAAAGGGGCACCUGGAGCAUGUCGGAAAUGUGGUCUUUCUGGUCAUUUGACCAGUACAUGCUGGCACCCCCAAACGGUAAGAUGCUACUCUUGCAAUGGCCUAGGUCAUAAGUCUGUCAAUUGCAAAUCUAUUGCAACAAGCAACCGUUACGGUGUUUUAAGUGAAGAUAGUGCCUAUUACAAUAACUAGGAUAUAGGCAAAGUGAAUGCCAUCACCCAUAACAACAAUGAAAGUCCCAGUAGCCAUCGUCCUAGAAUAAGACGUAGUAAACGAAGAAAACGCAAUACCAAAGUACAGAUUGCAUACAAUAAUGUUCAAAAUUUGGGUCAGGCAAAACAACAUCAGGUAGUCAAGCUUUUAGAAUCCGAAAGAUUUAUGGCACUUGCGGUUGUUGAAACCUGGUUCAAUGAGAACAGGGAUAUAAGUGUCAAACCAAAUAACUAUAAUUUCCUGCCAAAAGAUCGUAAAGGUAGGGGCGGUGGUGGUUUGGGAAUAUUUCUCAAAAAUGAUGUUAUAUUAAUGAAUGAUAACCUAUUAAACUCGAGGGAAGAUGAAUUUGAACGAUAUUGGAUCAAAUGUAAAUUGAAUGAUUCUAUUUUUAAUAUAGGUGUUGUCUAUUUCCCACAAGAUGGCCUCGAAAAAGAUAAAAGUGAAGGUUUAUGU